CGUUACCUGUCAGCGGCUGCGGGAUGGAGGGUCUGAUCGAGCUGGUGAACCGGCUGCAAGACGCCUUCGCGGCGCUGGGGCAGAGCUGCCUGUUGGAGCUGCCGCAGAUCGCUGUGGUGGGCGGGCAGAGCGCCGGCAAGAGCUCGGUGCUGGAGAACUGCGUCUCCAGGGAUUUUCUUCCACGAGGAUCUGGAAUUGUAACAAGGCGACCAUUGGUUUUACAGCUUGUCACUGCCAAAACAGAAUAUGGUGAGUUCCUACACUGCAAAGGGAGGAAAUUUACAGAUUUUGAUGAAGUUCGUCAAGAAAUUGAAGCAGAAACAGACAGAGUAACGGGACUGAAUAAAGGCAUUUCUUCAAUUCCUAUUAAUUUAAGAGUGUAUUCCCCACAUGUGCUAAGCCUGACCCUUGUUGAUUUGCCUGGAAUCACUAAAGUGCCAGUAGGGGAUCAACCUCCAGAUAUAGAGCAACAGAUCAGAGAUAUGAUUAUGCAGUUUAUUUCUCGUGAAAACUGUCUGAUCCUGGCUGUGACUCCAGCCAACACUGAUCUUGCCAACUCAGAUGCAUUGAAGUUAGCUAAAGAAGUAGACCCUCAAGGCCUGAGAACCAUUGGUGUAAUCACAAAACUGGAUUUGAUGGAUGAAGGAACUGAUGCAACAGAGAUUCUGGAGAACAAGUUGCUCCCUCUUCGUAGAGGGUAUAUUGGAGUUGUAAACAGAAGUCAGAAAGACAUUGAUGGGAAGAAGGAUAUUAAGGCAGCCAUGCUGGCAGAAAGGAAAUUCUUCCUUUCCCAUCCAGCUUACAGGCAUAUGGCAGACCGGAUGGGAACACCAUAUCUGCAGAAAGUUCUAAAUCAGCAACUCACCAAUCACAUUCGAGAUACACUGCCAACCUUCAGGAGCAAACUUCAGAGCCAGCUGCUUUCUAUAGAGCAUGAAGUAGAGGCAUAUAAAAACUUUAAACCAGAAGAUCCGACUAGAAAGACUAAAGCCUUACUGCAGAUGGUUCAACAGUUCUCAGUGGACUUUGAAAAAAGAAUUGAAGGAUCAGGGGAUCAAGUUGACACAUUAGAACUAUCUGGUGGUGCCAAAAUCAAUCGUAUUUUCCAUGAGCGUUUUCCUUUUGAACUAGUAAAGAUGGAAUUCAAUGAGAAAGAACUGCGGAGAGAAAUAAGCUAUGCAAUCAAAAACAUACAUGGUAUCAGAACAGGUUUGUUUACUCCAGACAUGGCCUUUGAGGCUAUAGUUAAAAAACAGAUAGUGAAGCUGAAAGGGCCUUGCUUAAAAAGCGUGGAUCUGGUGAUGCAAGAGUUAAUCAACACUGUCAAGAAAUGCACUAAAAAGCUGGCGACAUAUCCAAGGCUAUGUGAGGAAACGGAAAGGAUUGUUGCUGGCCACAUUCGAGACAGAGAGGAGAAGACCAAGGAACAGGUACUGCUGCUAAUUGAUAUCCAGGUAUCUUACAUCAAUACCAACCACGAAGACUUCAUUGGCUUUGCAAAUGCCCAACAACGAAGCAGUCAGGUUAACAAAAGUGCAGUUGGAAAUCAGGGAGCCAAUCUACCGCCUUCACGGCAAAUUGUGAUCCGGAAAGGCUGGCUCACCAUCAACAAUAUCGGCAUCAUGAAAGGGGGGUCCAAGGAAUACUGGUUUGUUCUGACAGCAGAAAGCUUGUCCUGGUAUAAAGAUGAUGAGGAAAAGGAAAAGAAGUACAUGCUUCCCUUGGACAACCUGAAAGUGCGGGAUGUUGAAAAGAGCUUCAUGUCUAGCAAACAUAUUUUUGCCUUGUUUAACACGGAGCAAAGGAAUGUUUACAAGGAUUAUCGCUUCCUUGAGCUGGCCUGUGAUGCCCAGGAGGAGAUGGAUAGCUGGAAGGCAUCCCUACUGCGUGCUGGUGUCUAUCCUGAUAAAUCUUCAGGGAACAACAGAACGGAAAACGAUGAGAACAGCCAGGCAGACAAUUUCUCCAUGGACCCCCAACUGGAGAGGCAGGUGGAGACUAUUCGCAACCUUGUGGACUCCUACAUGUCUAUUAUCAAUAAAUGUAUUCGUGAUCUGAUACCAAAAACAAUCAUGCACCUUAUGAUCAACAGCGUAAAAGAAUUCAUAAAUGCAGAGCUCCUGGCUCACUUAUAUUCCUCUGAGGACCAAAACACCUUGAUGGAGGAGUCAGCAGAACAGGCUCAGAGGCGAGAUGAGGGGCUUCGUCUGUACCAAGCCCUAAAAGAAGCACUUGCAAUCAUUGGAGAUAUUAGCACUAGCACUGUAUCUAUCCCUGCCCCACCUCCAGUUGAUGAUUCCUGGCUACAGCAAUCCCGCAGAUCACCCCCUCCAAGUCCUUCAGCUCAGAGAAGGCCUACAUUAAAUAAUCCCCCAACCAGACCUUUAUCUGGCCGAGGACCUGCUCCAGCAGUCCCAUCACCAGGCCCUCUGUCUGGGGCUCCACCGGUCCCAUUCCGUCCAGGACCAUUACCUCCAUUUCCUAACAACAGUGAAGGCCUUGGGACGCCACCUCAGGUUCCAUCUCGGCCAACGCGGGCUCCUCCCAGUGUUCCAAGCCGAAGACCACCCCCUUCACCCACUCGGCCCACUGUAAUUCGUCCGUUAGACUCGUCCCUGUUAGAUUAAGUGACGUUUCUGGCAUGUCAUUAAUUGCUAACCAAAUGUAUGGAAGCAACUCGCUUGAUAACUGUUGCAAUAACCAAUGUAUAGUCGCAUGUAUGGACAUCUGUAGGCAAGUAACCAAUUUUACUAAUAUACUCUGUCCAGUCUGUAUUGCUUAUGAGGUCUGAAAUACCAUGGGAAGGUCUGUGAUGCCUUCACUUUCCCUCUUGCAAACAGCUGAUUUCUUAGUGUAUUGACAUAUAUAUUAAUGCAGGCACUUGAGUGUUCCCAGUUCUAUACAAUCAAACGGGGGCUUGCUGUACUGUGUGUUUGUGUUGACCAACUGCUUAGAGUUUGCCUCUUUCCCAUUUCAAAGGGACGUCUUGUUUUUAUAAGUAGCUUCCAGGUUUCUGAGUCAAAUUGUUUAAAGAAAGGCUUUCUAUAAUUUGGGAUUAUAGUUAUACACAUUUCCUUCCUUAAAUGCCAACUGGGCUGAGAAAAACAAUGUUGUCUGUAAUUAAAAGCUCCUGCCCGCCCCAUAAUUACACAUGUCCUUAUGUCUCUUUCACAAGCCUGGUGGAUGGUUGCUUUCACUAUAAUUUCUCAACAUCAGAAGCUUUUAGAUUUAUGAAGAAUGUUGCUAAGGAAAAUAAGACCAUAUAUGGUGUGAUGAGCUCCACUCUUUGUGUCCCUCUUUACAGCCCAAGGGGGGAGUCAGUCUUCUUUUUUAGUAACUGGUAAGAGCCAGAUUCUGACCCCUUUGCUCACAUUGGGUAGUAUUUCCUCACAUGAGCAUUCCCAUCGAACUCAAUGGGAGCAUGUAUGUAAACAUAACACACCAUGAGUAAGGGUGUCAGAGUCUGGAGUAAGUGGGUGGUAUAUUUAUCAUUUCAGUGUGAGAAACUGCAACAGAUUUAAUAUAUGUGAAUGUCUAACUGAACCACCAAUUCCAUACCCACUAUUUGAAUGAUAUUUUGACCCAAGUCACAGAGUUCAGAUCUGAAUUUGGAUCUGAGCUUUCUCGGUAGUGAGUGCUGUUUGGAUUGAGGAUUUUGGUUGAAGCUGAUCUCUCUUUUCAACCAUUAUUAAAACCCUGAGACAAAGUUACGCUGUAUAAAGAUUUUGCAUUUUCAUUCACUGAAAUCCCCUGUGGCUUGGUACGAUAGUCCCUUUAUCCAACUAAAACAAGUGAGAAUUGAUCAGCUAUGUAUCCCGGAGAUGUGUUAUUUUAACAGCUGUUCAUUUUCAAGGGUCCUAUUGUUUGUUAUUUACAAAAAGCUUUAUCUUAACUAGUUAACUUGCCAUUUUAAAUAGAUCAGAAAAUUUCCCUCCCUGGUGUAGAACAAAUUAAGUGGACAGAAUUAAACUAAUUUGGCCUGAUAUCUUCAGAAAAUAUUUGUUGUUAUUUUAUAACAGUUACAGUUCCUAAGGGAAGGCAGUUGGUGGUUAUGAAGGCCAUCACUAUAAUGAAUCAAUCCAAUAAAUUCAUGUAUUGAAGCUGUAUGUGGUGCUACAAUACACCGUUUCUCAGUGGUUGGGAGGGAUCUUGUCAGAACCACAACCAGUGGGAAUUUUGCCUGUUAAAUAUUCCCAGACUGCUGAUUAAAUAAUAGCUGAAUCAAAUUGUGUUUCUCCUACAUAAGAGAGUUUAACUUGGGAAAGCAGCAUGAUUUGUAUAUUAGUUUAAUUUUCUGUCAAACUUAUACUCAGAACACGCACCUGUAGAGCCUAGAGGUCAGUGUUUUAAGCACUGCAAAGAUGGACUUUGGCAUGUUGGUGAUCUUACUGAAUUGCUAAAAUGGCCAAUGUUGAUUUGAAGAACAUGCUAAAAUAUUGAACAACAAACUUAUAAAAUCAUCUUUAAAGUAAAAAGAAAUUGCACCUUCUAAAUUCAGUUGUGCUGUUUUGAACUACAGGAAAGGAAAAAAAUACAUUUCAAUUAUGUUCCUAUGUUCUCCACUCUUCAGUAUUCUCUAUAGAUAUUUAUAUGGCACUAUAUUAGUAGGUGUAUGCUUUACAGGCAAAACUUGGGUAUUUAUUAUUUCCAAGUUUUAAUUUGCAACCAACUUCUAUUAUAAAGCCCUAUUUUAGCACCCUUUUAACUUUGACUUUGGAAACUGAUUUGGCAAAAAAAAUUAAUUAAAUCUGCUUGAGACAAUGACAUUUUAAAGAAAAUAGACUGAAGUUAAGCCAAGUUAUUAAUAAUUUUUGUGGUGGAUAAAUCUUCAACUGGCCACACAUUUCCUGAUUCUGAGUUCAUGUAUGCUGUUGUAAAUCUAGAGUAACUCCACUGGAGUUACAGCAGAGUAAAUUCUGCAUAACGGAGAUCAGAAUCAGACCCAUAACAUAUUGGGCCUAAUUCUCAAUUGCCCUGCAUUUUUGUAGCCAUUUACUUCAGUGCAAAAUGGGCAUAAAGAAAUCAGAAUGGGAUAGCAUCUGACACACAGUUGGCACUGAAGUGAAUGGCUACAAAAGGUGAAGAGAACUGGGCUCGUUUUUAAUCAGUCACUAAGAAAUUCAUAUUUCAUCACAGUGCAGCAACCUUAAAUCUGACCCAAAAUAAAGAGCAUUCUGUCAUCAGUAAUCUCAAAAUGUAAACGAUACAAAACGCUUCUGGAAGGAAGCACAGCAGUUAUAUAUGUGCGCAUUAAUCAGCCUCAAGUACAAAUCCAUAUACUUUAUAAUUUUACCUUAAGUUUAUAGUUAGGAAAUUUUUCAGAGUAAAUUCCAUUUCUCAGGAAAAAGCAAGCCUAAAAAGUCUACUGCCAGCUGAUACAUCUUAUAAUCAUAGUUCAUGUUUGUCAGCAUGGCAAUCUGUGGAACUGGACUCUUCAUUCCUACACACGCUGAUUCUGUUUAGUUUCACCCUGCCCCCACAAUGUUCUCACCAGAAACAUCCCUGGCAGCAGCUCACUCCGCGCUGGAAGGACAGCUGGGCAGCUCACCAGUACUUCUUCCUAGAUCUGCCAGUAGGGAAGUGGCUGUCUGAGAAAGGUAGCCUUUCCCUCCACAGACUUAAGGCACCUCUACAUUGGCAUGCUAAGCCUGAGAUCCCAUAGCCCAGACACACAGCCGGGGGGACUGUUGUUCCUUCAUUACACUGGCUCUAGAAAAGCUCAGAAGACUGACUGUAGAGGAUGAUUCUCUCCCUGCAGUUAACUUAAAAGGAAUGAAGGGCUGGGGGAGUUUGUCUGGCUGUGUGUGUGGAGAGAUGGAUCAGGGACUUCUCACGUCAGUGAUCUCCAUUCCUUUCCUUAUUGAGCGGUGUCCAUGUGAUUAGAUGACCACUUCUAGUUUGGCUUCAGGCUGGUGCUCAUCCAUUAUUUUGUUUACGUGAAGCCUAGCUCUCAGCAUGGAUAGUGUAUUGUGCCUUACAUAGUCAUGGUUGACCUUAUAGCUGAGGAGGUGGAAUGUGCCUGCUUGUGUCAUAAGUAGCUCUCAGUUUGUAACCCUGAGGGAUCUUACUACACCUUCCUAAGACAAAGAGUGUCUGUGAAAUUAAAAGGAAGGCUUAGCUAUAGUAAAUACGUAUUUACUUCAUUGCCUGUCUUAUUGCACUUUCUGAAUAAGCCUCUUACAAAAGAGACUUCUGUUACAUUAAGGGAGAUGUGUUUGUUUUGUACAAUGCCAUCUUGUGUUAUACUAGAACAUAGAAAAUAUUCUACUCUAUAUUGCAAGCCUCUAUUUAAAACUGUGUGCAUAUAGUACAGAGAGAUUAUUAGCUAGAUCUGUUUGUCUUAAGAAUUGAAGACCACUCAGUUGAAUGCAGACCUGUUUUGCUCUGAUGGUAUUGGUGAGGUGUUUCACCCUCUGCAUUGGUCUUACAUGAGGCUCAUGUCCUGCUUUUGUCUUUGAUCACCUGUGCUCUGCAUGUAAUACAGUAGAACUGCUUCUUUUUGUAAACGAAUAUCACUCUGCCUGUCUUUCCUCUUGCUUUGUCUCCAGGCGAGUGGAUACAGAUGGCUUCUCCCGUCCAGACAGUCCAACGCACUUGCUUGAUAUGUGAUUUGUUCCAUGUUGCCAGCUGUUUGUUUUGUUCCUGGUUUGUGUUUUAUCCCUUUCUACUUUUCCAGAAUGAUGUACACAGCGGUGGCAUUUUGUGAGGAGCAAGUGCUCAGUUUCCCUCUGAAUGUUGCUCUGUAUGUUAAUAGCCUCAUUAAUAUGAGCCACAACACCUGCCACUGGUUUUGCGGUAUGUAAAUGAUUACUGGCAUGGACUUUUGCACACUGUGACUGGAUCUCUGAAUCCUCAGUCAUUACCGAAGGUCUCAUACGCCUGCUGUAAAAAUGUCGCACUGCAUUUCUGAACCUGAAAUAAAGGUAAAUGCUGACUGGGUGUUUGUUACUUUC